AUGACGGUGGUGCCCGGCGAGCACCUGGCGGAGCCCGAGGCGGCCGACGGCGCGGGGGGCCCGGCCCCGGGCGGCUGGGAGCGGGAGCGGGAGCGCUACGAGCCGCUGCCGCCCGCGCCGCCGGCCGCCGGGGAGCAGGGCUGCUGCGGGGAGCGCGUGGUCAUCAACAUCUCGGGGCUGCGCUUCGAGACGCAGCUCAAGACCCUGGGCCAGUUCCCCGAGACGCUGCUGGGCGACCCCGGGCGGCGCGUGCGGUACUUCGACCCGCUCCGCAACGAGUACUUCUUCGACCGCAACCGGCCCAGCUUCGACGCCAUCCUCUACUACUACCAGUCGGGCGGCCGCAUCCGCCGGCCGGUGAACGUGCCCAUCGACGUCUUCUCCGAGGAGAUCCGCUUCUACCAGCUGGGCGAGGAGGCCAUGGAGAAGUUCCGCGAGGACGAGGGCUUCCUGCGCGAGGAGGAGCGGCCCCUGCCGCGCCGCGCCCUGCAGCGCCAGGUGUGGCUGCUCUUCGAGUACCCCGAGAGCUCCGGGCCGGCGCGCGGCAUCGCCAUCGUGUCGGUGCUCGUCAUCCUCGUGUCCAUCGUCAUCUUCUGCCUGGAGACGCUGCCCGAGUUCCGCGACGACAAGGACUACGCGGCGGCGGCGGCGGCGCAGGAGCAGCCCGAGGCGGCGCGCAACGGCACGUCGGGGCCCCCCCCCGCCGCCGGCUUCGCGGACCCCUUCUUCGUGGUGGAGACCCUGUGCAUCAUCUGGUUCUCCUUCGAGCUGCUCGUGCGCUUCUUCGCCUGCCCCAGCAAAGCCACCUUCUCGCGGAACAUCAUGAACCUGAUAGACAUCGUGGCCAUCAUCCCCUACUUCAUCACCCUGGGCACCGAACUGGCCGAGCGACAGGGCAACGGACAGCAGGCCAUGUCCCUGGCCAUCCUGCGGGUCAUCCGGCUGGUGCGGGUCUUCCGCAUCUUCAAGCUCUCCCGGCACUCCAAGGGGCUGCAGAUCCUGGGCCAGACGCUCAAGGCGUCCAUGCGGGAGCUCGGGCUGCUCAUUUUCUUCCUCUUCAUUGGGGUCAUCCUCUUCUCCAGCGCCGUCUACUUUGCCGAGGCAGACGACCCCACCUCGGGGUUUAGCAGCAUCCCGGAUGCCUUCUGGUGGGCAGUGGUGACCAUGACGACAGUAGGUUACGGCGACAUGCACCCGGUAACCAUAGGGGGCAAGAUCGUGGGGUCGCUCUGCGCCAUCGCUGGUGUCCUGACCAUCGCUCUGCCGGUGCCCGUGAUCGUUUCCAACUUCAAUUACUUCUACCACCGGGAGACGGAGGGGGAAGAGCAAGCCCAGUACAUGCACGUGGGAAGUUGCCAGCACCUCUCCUCUUCGGCCGAGGAGCUCCGAAAAGCAAGGAGUAACUCGACUCUGAGUAAGUCGGACUACAUGGUGAUCGAAGAGGGGGGCAUGAACCAUAGCGCUUUCCCCCAAACCCCCUUCAAAACGGGCAAUUCCACUGCCACCUGCACCACGAACAAUAAUCCCAACUCCUGUGUCAACAUCAAAAAGAUAUUUACUGACGUUUAAUAUAUGCUACGAGUGACAUGCUGUGCUCAAGUAUUGCGUGGACCGUGCCCCCUUGGUCUGUGUAUGCCCUCGUUUUAUACAUUUCCAGACCACUCAUCAAAGAAAGGACAUGAAGAAGUGGAAAGCACACUUCAUUUUCCCUCGCCCUACUGCUUCAUACUGAAACAGGUGUCUGUGUUGCAAGUGGGCUGCAUUCUCUCAGCUCUCCAUUUUUUCCUCCCCCUCCCUCGAAUAUUGCAAAGAACAAACUUACUUUAAACUUGAUUUCUAGUACACAUCCUCUAAAAAAAAAAAAAACUGUACAUCCUGGGAGGAAACGAAACUAAAGAACAGUUAGAGUGCCUAACCUCGGAAUUGAAAGACAGUUGUUCUUUACUAAGUAAAGCAGGCACAUGCGUAAAGGAUGCUUCCGUUUGCUGGACCUUUGAACAUUAUUGAAUCUUUAGUUCGGUUGCCUAUGCUGUGGAUACUUGGAUGAGAAGUCUGAUUAGGGCAAUGACUUGUAAACCCACCGUAAGUGUAUUUGGUUUUUGACUGGAAGUUCUAUUCGAAACCCUUCCUGGAAUCUUAAAGAUUUCUACAACUGUGAACAAAGGGAAGUGCCCAAGGUGUCCCGAUCUAAUUAGUUGAACUCUCUGGGGCUUGUUCAGCAUUUCAAAAGAGAUGGACAGGCAGAUUCCUGUGAUGUUCCGUGUGUGUGUGUGUGUGUGUGUGUGUGUGUGUGUUCCCGGCAACAUCUAUCAAAGUGUGGGAAACACAUGUUUUCAGUGCCGCUGAGAGAAACAAACAAAAUUUCUAAUGCGCCUGUGAGAUAAGCUUCUGCAGUAUCACAAGAAGAUUAAAGUGGCAGACACUCCUUCCAGCGGAAGUUACUAAUUCGGACCUGACUGAUGCAGUUCCCAUAGCAACCCAUGUUUCCUGGGAAACCCGAAAAAGGUUGUCAUGGCAUCUCUUGCUCUCUAGCCCCACCCCCUAGCCCCUGCCGUUUCCACAAUAACCUUUCCAGAUGGUUCCUCCUUACGGGGUUUCAUAAGGAAAACCACUAUUUGGAUAAACCGCACAAAUAAAGUUAUGCCUGAAAAUCUGAGGUGGUGAAAUGAAUCACAAAAUGCAUAUUUUUUUUUUACUACAGAAAAUCAUUGACAUCAUCUCAUAAUGACUGAAUCGGAAAGGAAAAUAUUGCCUUUGGGAUGUUAGAUCUAUACUACAAUAAGGCAUGAUUUGAAUUAAAUGCCAAUAAUUAGGCAAUAAUUUAAAAGGAUACUGUUUUCUUCCUCCAAGAAGUUUCAAGCUAACAAGUGAAAUUUAAAAACAAAUGUAAAAGUGUUCUGUACAUAAGCAGAUGAAAGAGUCAAUCAGUGUACCUGAAACCUUACUACAAGGGACCUUCAGACUUCCUCUUAAAAAAAAAAAAAUCCAGAUCCCACAACAGCACUUGAAAAGCUAAAUAAACUUUAAGAAUAUAAAGGAUACGUGUUUUUUAACUAAGGGAAUUGCAGACAAUCAAUAGAAAGGAGGGACGGGAAGUAACCAAAUCUUGGGAAAAUACCUGCAAGUUUCAGCCGCAUACCAGGG